GUGGGGUCUCUCCAACCCACGGGAGAUCACAAUUGUUACCUUGUAUGUCAACAUUGGUGCAUUUCCCAAAGGCAAGAACAAGAUCUUCACAGCGGAGACGUACAAGACUUGGAUGGGCUCAUGGGCCAUGUUGACAAACAGGGUCAUUGGGUUCUUUGAUGAUGAUCAGAUCAUGGAAUAUUUCAGAAAAAUCCGGUCUUUGCAGCCAAAAGACAGGACAUUUCUAACAAAGGUCAACAGAAGCGAACUGUCAUCAUUUAAACACUUGGAAAGAGUUCGGCAGCUAUUCAGUGACCCCUCCUAUCCUAAACACAACCCCAACACAGUCAUCCCUGAAUACGCAUGUGCGAUGAGCGCAAAAUAUGACGCACUAGACAAGGCGAUGGCUACAGGUCUAAUACAGAGCAAGUAUGUGGCAUGGAUGGAUAUUGGGCUGUUUAGAAAACUGGGGAGCGCAGGUUAUAUCUUCACGCUCGAAGUGCCCCCUAAUGUCAACUCCAGCUGUGUCUCAAUGACAGAGGUCAGUCAAAAAGAUCAGAUGUCAAAGGUUACACCCAGAGACUACAUUUGGUCUAACCGUGUGUGGGUCGCUGGCGGUUUUGUGUUGGCCACCACAGAGGUCAUGGAGAAAUUUUCAAAGUCCUAUAAAAACAUGGUCCAAAUCCUGCUGGACCAGAACUUGACCAGCACCGACCAGCAGAUCAUCGGGGCCAUGUAUUCACCUGAUUACAUACACCAGCAACCUGUCAAUAUAAACGCUUACAGAUGUAAGGACGGGCAGUUCGGAUUACAUGGGGCUGAUCGCGAUUAUUUCUGCUUGCCUUAUAUCUGUAAGGAGACUGGUGAGAACAGGAGAAAGGAAACUGUGAGUGUUUAA